AUGAAUAAGCAAUUACUAGUACUUUCCGCCUUUGUACUGGUCGUGUCAUGUGACCGGUUGGACAACAGGUACCUUCCACCGGGUCCCAAGAACGAUAAUGUAGACUUUAUUCAACCACCGGUUGAUACCGGGUCCCAUUUUAACCAGCCAAAGGAACAAAUUAGCCAGACUUCUAACCAGUUUGAUAGAUUUGCCCAGAAAGUAGACCCGAGUAGACAAUAUCUGUCUCCUUUUAACCAGCCAAAAGAACAGGAUAGACAGACAUCUAACCAGUUUGAUAGAUUUGCUCAGCAGCCAAAAGUAGAGCCGAGUAGACAAUAUCUGUCUCCUUUUAACCAGCCAAAAGAACAGGAUAGACAGACAUCUAACCAGUUUGAUAGAUUUACCCAGCAACCGAAAGUAGACCCCAGCAGACAAUAUCUGGCUCCUUUUAACCAGCCAAAAGAACAAGUUAGCCAAACUUCUAACCAGUUUGAUAGAUUUUCCCAGAAGCAGGUAGACCCCAGCAGACAAUAUUUGGCUCCUUUUAAACAACAAGAACAAACCGAACAACCGUCGAACCGAUUCGGGCAAGUCUACCAACCCGACAGGCAGUACUUGUCACCUUCUAGCGUACCAAAAGAACCAAUUAGCCAGACCUCUAACCAAUUCGACAGAUUUAGGCAGCCAAAACCGGAGCCUACCAGGCAAUAUUUGGCUCCUUUCAAGCAACAAGAACCAACCGAACAACCGUCGAACCGAUUCGGGCAAGUCUACCAACCCGACAGCCGGUACCAGAACGAGCAAAUCGGCCAAACGUCCAACCAAUUCGACAGGUUCUCCCAAUCGGGCGAGAAACCGAACACCGAUCGGAUUAUCCAGAAGGAAUUGAAUCCAGACAGCGGCGACGGUCAUUACAAUUACUCGUUCGAAACCGAGAACGGGAUCAAAGCCCAAGAGGAGGGUUCCUUGACCGAGCACGGACCUUCAGCCCAGGGCAGGUACUCCUACACUUCUCCAGAAGGUGAGGAAAUCACGGUGGAAUACACGGCCGAUGCCAACGGGUUCCUGCCCAAAGGAACCCAUCUGCCCAACAUGGAGGCCAUUUUGAAGUCCAUCGAAUUGAACAAGGCGGCCUUGGCUCGCGGUGAGUACAACGAGGGUUCCUACGUGGACGAGGACCAUUCCAAAUGGCAGAAACCGUUGCCUUCUCGUGAGCAAUCUCCAUCCGCUUCGGAAGGUGUCAAGCAGGUGUUCCAGAACAAUGGGUACCAGUACCCUUCGGCUAAAGAACCUAGCGCUUUUCCAACGGUAAAUAACAAGCAAGUGGCUCCUUUGGGACCUAAUGGAGGUUCUUCUGGGUACCAGUACCCUUCGGCUAGGGAACCGAGCGCUUUUCCAACGGUAAAUAACAAACAGGUGACCUCUUUCAAACCGGCUGAAUCCGUCCGAACGAACGGGUACCAAAAACCCUCCGGGUACCAGUAUUCGAAGCCCAGCGGUGGUGUAGAAGGACAACAGGAAACCUCCUCGUCCAAUAACAACCAGCAGAGAUUCGGAACCUUGCAAGACGAUCAAGGCGGUUACAAAUACUAGCCUGAUCUAACACCGUUGGAUUUAUGAACACGAAAAAAAAGGAUAUCUAUUUAUGUGUAUUAU